AUGGUGCUUGGUCUUGGCGCUGCUGCUGCCGGUGUCAUCUUCAAGGCAAGCGCCGGCUCGAAAGCGGCCGUCACAGCAGGUGCGGCUGCGGUGGGUGCCACCAAGUUGGGUGUUGCCAUUGCAGGCGCUAUCAAAAUCGCCACCACCGUGAUUGGUGUGGGCAAAUUGGCUAUUCUGCCUUUUCUGGUAGCUGCCAUAGCCUACUACAAUUACGAUCUCUUCGAUCCGGAGAAUAGGCCAUUCAAUGUGCCAGAAGUAUCGUUGGCCUACGAUUUCAUCAUUGUGGGUGGCGGCUCGGCGGGAUGUGUGUUAGCUUCGCGUUUGUCAGAAGUGACACAUUGGCGUAUUUUGCUGCUGGAAGCAGGCGGCCAAGAGACGGAGAUCUCGGAUGUGCCGCUGUUGUCGUUGUACUUGCACAAGAGCAAAUUAGAUUGGAAAUAUCGCACCCAACCCCAGGACACUGCCUGUCAGGCGAUGAAAGAUCGGCGAUGUUGUUGGACUCGCGGCAAAGUGAUUGGCGGCAGUUCAGUGCUUAAUACUAUGCUCUAUAUACGCGGAAACCGUCGCGACUUCGACCAGUGGGCAUCUUUCGGCAAUCCUGGUUGGGGUUAUGAAGACAUAUUGCCCUACUUUCGCAAAUCGGAAGACCAACGCAAUCCAUAUUUGGCACGUAAUAAACGCUACCACGGCACAGGGGGGCUCUGGACGGUGCAGGACGCACCCUAUAAUACGCCGCUUGGUCCGGCCUUUCUGCAAGCUGGCGAGGAGUUGGGCUAUGACAUUGUUGAUGUAAAUGGUGAACAGCAGACCGGCUUCGCUUUCUAUCAGUUCAAUAUGCGUCGCGGUUCGCGCGCCUCCACCUCAAAGAGUUUCUUGCGGCCGGCGCGUCUGCGUAAAAACUUAGAUGUGGCGCUUUUCGCGCAUGUUACCAAGGUACUGACGCAUCCGGAAACGAAACGCGCCAUCGGUGUGCAGUUCAUACGCGACGGUCGUCUGCAGACUGUUUACGCUACACGCGAAAUCAUACUCUCCGCCGGCGCGCUCAGCUCACCGCAUUUGAUGAUGCUCUCGGGCAUCGGACCGGUCGAUGAGCUCCAACGUGUAGGCAUACCGUUAGUGCAGCAUCUGCCUGGUGUGGGACAAAAUCUACAGGAUCACAUUGCAGUGGGUGGCAUUGCAUUUCUCAUCGAUUACCCGAUUUCGAUUGUGAUGAAGCGUAUGGUAAAUAUUAAUACGGCUUUGCGUUAUGCCAUCACCGAAGAUGGACCGCUCACGUCCAGUGUCGGCUUGGAGGCGGUUGCUUUCAUCAAUACAAAAUAUGCCAAUGCCAGCGAUGAUUGGCCCGAUAUGAGCUUUAUGAUGACCUCGGCGUCGGUCAUGUCUGACGGCGGUUCUCAGGUGAAAACUGCGCAUGGUUUAGCCGACGAAUUCUACAAUGAAGUCUUUAGUGAAGUGAAUGAUCGUGAUGUUUUCGGCAUCUUUCCCAUGAUGCUACGUCCCAAGAGUCGCGGCUUUAUUAAAUUAGCCUCCAAAAACCCGCUACGCUAUCCACUGCUCUAUCACAACUACCUCACACAUCCAGACGAUGUCAAUGUACUGCGCGAAGGUGUCAAAACCGCCGUCGCCAUGGGCGAGACUCAGGCGUUAAAGCGCUUCGGCGCGCGAUUUUGGAGCAAACCAUUACCGAACUGCAAACACUUGCCUCACUUUACCGACGAGUAUUGGAACUGCGCAAUACGUCAGUACACCAUGACCAUCUAUCACAUGUCAGGCACUGCGAAAAUGGGUCCACCCAGCGAUCCUUGGGCAGUGGUCGAUCCACAAUUGCGGGUUUACGGCGUGCCUGGGCUGCGUGUAAUUGAUGCGAGUAUUAUGCCCACCAUUACCAAUGGCAACAUCCAUGCGCCAGUGGUAAUGAUAGCCGAGAAGGGCGCCGACAUGAUAAAGGAGCUAUGGCUCAGUAGCACGCAGUGGCGUAACAAGCGACAGGCGCCUGAUUUGCAGCCCAUUUGCAACAUAACCGAAGCAAUGGGGAGCGCAAGAAAAGUGACGAGCGUGGCGGGCGCCUAG